AUAGUUAACGUGUAAAUUUAAAAUUUCAGAAAUCAUGGAUCUCAUAUUGUAUUUAACGCUGGUUUCAGUUUUUAUAUUUUCUACCGUUGAUUCAUUAAUGUUCCAUCUUGAUCCAAAUACAAGGAAAUGCUUGAAGGAGGAAAUACACAAGGGAGUUUUAGUAACAGGCGAAUACGAGGUCAAUGCUCUCCCUGGGCAGAAUGUUGAUAUGAUGGUAACCGACACCAAGGGGCAACAUUUUGUUAACAGGGAAAGCACAGAGAAAGGGAAGUUUGCGUUCACAGCUGACGACUACGAUGUGUUCGAAAUCUGUUUCAUCUCCCGAGUUCCGCAUAAUAUGCGAGGAGGAAGGCAUGAGAUAUUCCUGCAGACCAAACACGGAGUAGAAGCUAAAUCCUACGCGGGACUAGGAGAUGCUGCUAAACUCAAACCUCUAGAGGUUGAACUCAAGCGUCUAGAAGACCUCAGUGAAAGCAUUGUUCAAGAUUUUGCUUACAUGAGGAAACGAGAGGAGGAGAUGAGAGAUACCAACGAAUCCACAAACUCGAGAGUUCUUUAUUUCUCCCUCUUCUCCAUGUGUUGUCUUCUUGGUCUAGCAACUUGGCAGGUUCUGUAUCUGAGAAAGUUCUUCAAGUCAAAGAAACUGAUCGAAUAGAUAAUCGUCAUCCCCAGAUCAAUACCUUCAUCUCCAGAUUAAUAUCUUCCCUAAAACCAUAAAAUUGUUUUAUUUAAAAGUUAAUUUACGUUUUAUUUAAUCCCCCAAAACCUCCACACUGGAUAAAGUUUAACUCCAAUAACUGGCUGAUUUUUUACUUGUUAUGAAGUCCUAGUAAAUGGGAUUAAAGACCUGUUAAAUUGCCAACCUUGAGCUAGCCAAGGGACUUGCAUAGACCUGACGAAAAACCUUAUAAUGGUGCAAAUGUACGGUUUAUCCCAAAAUACAUUUAUUUUCAUAGUUCAUCAACUCAGAAAGCAUUCCAAGGUUUGAUCAAUUAGAUCAAGUUAAAUUUCUUUCUUUAAGUGGGGUUUAAAACCUAGAGAAUAGCUUUGAAUGUUUUUAUUCAGUUUAUGGACACUUUUUUUUUGACAAACUUCGUAGUUUAACUGUUUUAUUUAGUUUUUAAAUUUUCGAAUAUAUUCUGCCCAAUAUAUGUUCCUUUGACCAGGUCCUACGUGGUUUACAUCAUAAAAAUACAGGGCUGCCCAAAAAUGAUGCCACGACUCUAUCGAUUUUAUUCUCUUUGGGUUCUUUGUCACAGAUAUCUAGCAUUUACAAGACUAUAAGAUCAAGUUUUAUAGUAAGAACUUACUAUCUGAAGAGUACUAGGUCGUUAUUAAAGUUUCAAUUCUUUGUGGGUAGCCCUAUACACAAAUUGUGUUCUAAAUUAUGGUUUAACAUAAUGAACGUUUAUUCAGAAACGGUUUAAAUUGUAUGAUAUCUAAUUUUAACUAUUACAUUUGAGGAGGGAGGGUAGGGAUCUAAAUGUUAAACUGUUAUUAAUGAAACUUAUUUGGGGCCCGAAAAUUACAUUGAUAUAAAAAGUAGAGAUUUCUGCUGAAUGUUUGUAUUGUUGUACUUCUCCAUCAAGUUUGUAUGCUACGAAGAGAGAUUUGAAAUUUUGGUUCUUGUAUCAUGUGUGAAAUGUAAAUUAUAAAUGUUAAUUUUGCUAAUAUCAUAAAUAAAUUUGGGCGUUGUUUAGUUA